AUGUUCAGUAUUGACUUUUAUGGCUUACAACUGGAGGUAAAGGAGAAACAAAAAGAAUCUACGGAGCAGGGUGGUCCCUCAGAAGAAGCAGCUGCCACAAAAAUCCAAGCGGUUUUUCGAGGGCACAAGACCAGAAAAUCAAUAAGUAUGAAGGCGGUUGAGAAACCAGCUGAGAAGAGCCAGCCAGAACCGAGCAAGGCUGAACUGGAAGCUGAGUUUCGGGCUGAUGAUAAAGUGUAUUUAAUCUUUGCCAACGGUGAAGAGUGUACUAGUGAAGAAACCGGCUUGGCUUAUACCUACUUAGCUAUUAUAUUGACCAACGAUCAUGGCACAUAUCUACAGUAA